AUGGACCAAGAGAGUCCAGGCCUCAACCUAGAGAAACUAGUAGAUUUGGAUGAACAUCAGCUUAUUCUGAAACAGAUACCAGAGUGGAACACUGCAGAGCUGGUGGUCAACGGCAAGACCGUAUUUCACUGCAGCAUUAAUGAUCUGGAUUUUGGAGAUUGUGUUUUUCCUCCUCUGGGAGGUGAUGGCAAGUUGUAUCCACUCUGUGGAGAAGCCAGAAGAGCAGCAUUAAAUGCUUACUGAUUUAC